AUGAGGCCAGCUCCAUACCCUGCCUUUCGCUGGCACUGGAAGGAUGUGCUUUCCUACAAAUGGAAGCAGCCACAGCACAUCAAUGUCCUGGAGCUCACGGCGUUCCUUGCAGAACUCAGGCGAAGGACCCGUGACCUUACCCAGCACAACCACCGCUUUUUCUGCAUCGUGGAUUCCCUGGUGACUUUCUAUGUCCUGGGGAAGGGCCGAAGCAGCUCGAAAAGACUGAAUCGAAUAUGCCGACGUGUGACUGCGCUGACCCUGGCUUCUGGUGUGUUACCCAUCUCCCUGUGGACGAUCAGCAAGUGGAACUUUUCCGAUGGCGCGCUUCCCCGCUCUAUGGCUGAUUUGGAUGAUGAGCUGGCAGAAUACAUUAACCACCUCUACCAAGAGGGCGACAAUGUUACGCAAGCAGGCUGGACCGUUAGCGGUCUCAAGCGGUUCCUGCCUCGGUGCAGACCGCACCUUCAAACCGCCCAGCUGUUCCUUCGGAACUGGCACCGGGUACACUUGCCGCAACGAACCAGUCCUCUCCCGUGGCUGGGAGCAAAGGCCAUGGCUGCGGCUGCAGCCCGUAUUGGGCGGUUUGAUUUGGCGCUGUUGGUGCUCAUUGGUUUCUCUUUCUUUUUGCGCACCAUGGAGCUCCUUAGCCUGCGCAGCGUACACAUUCGUCUUUUCCCGCAAGAUGGCACGGUGGUCAUUGCUAUUCUUAACGCUAAAACUGCCAAAGGCCUUCAACAAUCCCUUUCACUUCAUGAAGAAAGCUUGGUAGCUAUUUUGCAAUUUUUGAUGGACCGGGCACGCCCGAGUGAUUAUCUCUAUUCCUUUUCGGUGGCGACCUUCCGCCACGAAUUUGCUUGUUUGGUCAAAGCCGUGGGACUUUCACCCGAAAGCUACCUCCCCUACUGCCUUCGCCGAGGGGGCGCCACGGCUUUCUACCAACGCUUUGGCCUAGGCCGCACUGUCGUGCAAGGCAGGUGGAAAGAUGCAACAACGGCGCGCAUCUAUGUUGACGACGCCCGGGCCACUCUCAUACAGCUUCUUUUGCCCGCCCCCGUCACCGCCCUGCAACAACAUCUUGCUUCUUUUUGGCGGGUGGCUUUGCCAGGAAACUAG